AACCCAAACUCAUCUCCCAAACACACCCUCAAAAAAGGUUAAAAAUCCAUUAGAAGAAUCCUAUACCAUCCCAAAUUCCCAACCCACCAAAUUCCCAUAUCUCAUUCCUCCUCUCUCUCUCUCUCUCUCUCUCUCUCUAUCUCUCUUAAAACACUACUUAGACCAAACCCAGAUCACAUAUAUAGAUCUUUUAACAUAUACAUACAUAACUCAAGUUUUGUUCUUUUUUUCACAUCUUCUUUUUCAAUUUAGGCCACGGGACAUGCACGACUCCCCACACCAGAACUUGCUCGUCAAACACGUCUAGCACUUGACUUCUACCCAAUAAAAAUCAGGGAAAAAAAAAGAGUACCCCUCACAAAUUUCAUCCCCACCUUGUAUUUUGCCUAACCAUAACAUGCCAACAACCAUGGCAAAAGAGGUGAUCUCCUCUUAAAAGUCAAUUUUUAAUCUCUGCUGACUGUCUAUUUGCUUCUGCUGCUGGUGCCGCUGCUACCCUAAAAUUACUAGUACCACUCAAAAUAUACAUCUUAAAGUAACCCACCCUCCCUUGAUUGUACGUUUUCAUUAAGGAAUUUUUCAGGGCAUUGGUUUACAUCUUCCUCUCUAAUGCUUUUAGGGAUUCUUACUGUAUUUUUGAUCUGGGGUUUGGACCCACCUGACAUGUUAUCCAUCUUGAUUAUCUGGGUUUUUGGGUUUUAACACAAUGUGAAUCCUAGUAGGGUUAUUCAUAGUUAUACCAUCUAAGCCGUGUAAUUUGUUAAUAAAGUUUGGAUUUUGUGGCAAUUUUGUAUUCGGGUUCAGGGUGUUAGGGGUUUUAGCUAAUGAUCCAUGCAAAAGAUUAAAUUUUCCGGAUGAAUUGUAGGGUCUUUUUCGUUUUCCCUCGAACAUGGUCUGGUCUUGUUGCAUAUUUCUUGCAGUUCCAUUGUACAGUUUAUCGAGAGACCUAUUGUGUUAUACUGUUAUGACAUGAGAGCAAUGUAUAUGGGAGACAUCGAGUGGUUGGAAGCUGAUGUGUGGAAUGAUCAAUGAUUACACGAACAUCAUACGGCAGUAGAAAAUUUUAUUUGAAUCAUGGAAGUGCUUCCUUGUUCUGAUGUUCAGUAUGUUGGUGAUUCUGAUUGUGCUCAACAGAGUUCGGGAACAGAUUUUAUUUAUGACACAGAAUCUAACAGCUUGGAACAUGGAAAAGAAGUUCAAGUACAAGUUGGCAGAAUAAAUGAGUUGUCAAAGGAGGAAGGGAAUCCGGUAGAAAGACAGGAUGAAGGUUUAGGGACACGGGAUGACUUACCAAUUUCGGAAUCACACCAUGGUGGAUCUUCAUUUUAUGAGCAUCAAGUGGAGAGCCAAUUGUUAUCUUCUGGUUCACAUGAUUUUGAAGAUGAUCUAAAUGCACAGAACUGCUGCUCAGGACCAUCCCUAGUCUCUGAAAACUCUCACUCAAUUGUAGAUGCUAUUGAAAGUGAGUCACUAAGCAACAUUAAGGAGGGAGAGUCAACUUCGUCAGAGCCCAAGUGGCUAGAAAAUGAUGAAUCAGUGGCAUUGUGGGUCAAGUGGAGAGGAAAAUGGCAAGCAGGAAUCAGAUGUGCGAGGGUUGACUGGCCAUUGUCAACUUUAAGAGCAAAACCAACCCACGGUAGAAAGCAGUAUUUUGUGAUUUUUUUUCCCCACACCAGGAAUUAUUCUUGGGCAGACAUGCUGCUUGUCCGAUCCAUUAAUGAGUUCCCAGAGCCUAUUGCAUAUCGGAAUCACAAAGCUGGACUAAAAAUGGUUAAAGAUUUGGCAGUUGCAAGACGGUACAUAAUGCAAAAGCUAGCAGUAGGCAUGCUCAAUAUUGUUGAUCAGUUUCAUUCUGAGGCCUUGGUAGAGGCUGCUCGUGAUGUGAAUGUCUGGAAAGAAUUUGCUAUGGAGUCUUCACGAUGCAAUGGUUAUCCAGAUCUUGGCAGGAUGCUUUUGAAGCUUCAAAGUAUGAUAUUGCAGUCCUAUAUAAACUCUGAUUGGCUAAAAAAUUCUUUUCAUUCUUGGGUACAACGAUGUCAGAAAGCACAGAGUGCUGAAUCUAUUGAAUUGCUAAAGGAGGAGUUGUUUGAUUCUGUUCUGUGGAACGAGGUCAAGUCUCUUUGGGAUGCACCUGUUCAGCCCACAUUAGGUUCUGAGUGGAAAACCUGGAAGCAUGAAGUGAUGAAAUGGUUCUCAACAUCACAUCCAAUAUCUACUGCAGGAGAUAUGGGGCAAAAAGGUGGUGAUGGUUCCUUGAAUCUUCAAGUUAGCCGGAAAAGGCCCAAGCUUGAAGUCCGUCGGGCAGAGAUGCAUGCUUCCCAGAUGCAAACCAAUGGUUCAGAUCAAACAAUGACUGUUGAGAUUGACUCUGAUUUUUUUAGUAGUCGAGAUACUGUCAAUGCCAAUUUGUCAAUGGCUGAACUUAUUAAGGUGGAAGAUUUUGGGAAGGAUCCCUCGAAGACAGAUGCUUCAAAUAAUUUAACUGGGAUGGGCAGAAGGGAUGGAAUUCUGCUUGAAGUGGGGAAUUCUGGCCUCAUCAAAACCAACAAUGUUGAAGACACCAAAGUGAGUGAAGAAGGUAAAAACUCCGUGGGUCUACCGAUCCACACAGCAGGUGUGGAAUUGACACCUGUUAAUGAAGGAGUUUCUAAGAAAUCCGUAGAUCUGGGGAAUAAGAACAGGCAAUGCGUUGCAUUUAUAGAGUCUAAGGGAAGGCAGUGUGUGAGGUGGGCAAAUGAUGGUGAUAUUUACUGUUGUGUGCACUUAGCCUCUCGUUUUAUAGGUAGCUCUGUAAAAGCAGAAGGGACGCCUUCUGGUGAUACACCAAUGUGUGAAGGUACCACUGUUCUUGGUACCAAAUGCAAGCAUCGGUCCCUAUAUGGCUCUUCAUUCUGCAAGAAGCACAGACCCAAAAAUGAUGGUAAAAAUACCUCUAACUCUCCAGAGCAUUUGCCUAAGAGGAAGCAUGAGGAUGUUAUUCCCAGUUCAGAAACCCCAUAUUGCAGAGACAUUGUUUUGCUAAGAGAUGGUGAAAGCCCCUUAGAAGUGGAACCAGUAUCAGUACUGGAAUCUGAUGCCGUCCAUGGAAGAAACAGUCUAAUUGAGAAGCCUGAGCAUUCCAGUAAAGAUUGUAAUAGCACAGGGAUACUCCAUUGCAUAGGUGUGUAUCCACAAAGUGAUUUCCAUUCAUGUCAAGAAAAUCCAAAGCGGUAUUCAUUGUACUGUGAUAAACACCUUCCAAGCUGGCUUAAGCGUGCAAGGAAUGGUAAGAGUAGGAUAGUAUCAAAAGAAGUGUUUAUAGAUCUUUUGAAGGACUGCUGUUCUCUUGAGCAAAAAUUGCAUUUACACCAAGCAUGUGAGCUUUUCUACAAGCUCUUUAAAAGCAUUUUAUCCUUGAGAAACCCAGUUCCUAUGGAAGUCCAACUUGAGUGGGCCCUUUCUGAAGCUUCAAAAGAUUUUGAUGUUGGGGAAAUUUUAAUGAAAUUGGUAAGCAGUGAAAAGGAGAGACUCGAACGAUUAUGGGGUUUCAGUUCCAGAGAAGGUCCACCAAUGUCCCCUGUUGUGGAAGAAUCAGUUCCAUUGCCGUUGACCAUCAAUGAUAACUGUGACAUUGACAUGACCAUUAGGUGCAAAAUCUGUUCUGUGGAAUUUCUUGAUGACCAAGAGCUUGGCAGCCACUGGCUGGAGAACCAUAGAAAAGAAGCACAAUGGUUUUUUAGAGGUUAUGCUUGUGCUAUCUGCUUGGAUUCUUUUACUAACAAGAAAGUUUUGGAAUCCCAUGUGCAGGAGAGACACCAUGGGCCAUUUGUUGAGCAUUGCUUACUUCUCCAAUGCAUUCCCUGUGGCAGCCAUUUUGGCAAUGCUGAGCAGUUAUGGUCACAUGUACUGUCAAGUCAUUCUGCAGAUUUUAGAUUAUCAAAGGUUAUGGCUGCCCAGCAGCCUAACAUGUCCAAACAUGAGGAGCCUCUGCCAAAAAUAGAGCCAGUAAAUAAAGCUUCUGUGGAGAAUAACUCUGAAAAUUCAAGUGGUCUUCGAAAAUUGAUUUGCAGGUUUUGUGGGUUGAAAUUUGAUUUGCUACCUGAUCUUGGCCGCCACCAUCAGGCUGCUCAUAUGGGACCUAGUUUAAUGGGCUCUCGCCCUGUGAAGAAAGGUGUUCGUUAUUAUGCUUAUAAACUAAAAUCUGGGAGACUUAGCCGGCCUCAAUUUAAGAAAGGUCUGGGGGCAGUUUCAUAUAGGAUUAGAAACAGAGCAACUGCCACAAUGAAGAAACGCCUCCAGGCAUCAAAAUCACUUAGUACUGCAGUCAUUGGUAUCCAACCACAUAUAGCUAAGACAGUAAAUCUUGGUGGAUUGGUAGGAUCGCAAUGUUCAGAGGUUGCAAAAAUUUUACUAUCAAAGAUUCAGAGAGCAAAACCCCGUCCCAAUAAUGUUGAUAUUUUAUCCAUUGCUCGCACUUCUUGUUGCAAAGUGAGCCUCAAAGCUACACUGGAGAAGAAGUAUGGAGUGUUGCCAGAAAAUGUAUACCUCAAGGCAGCCAAGCUUUGUAGUGAACAUGACAUUCAAGUGGAGUGGCAUGGAGAAGAAUUUGUAUGUGCUAAUGGAUGUAAGCUUAUCAAGGAUCCAGAUUUGAUGUCUCCGCUGAUACCUCUUGCAAAUGGUUUUUCAAGGCUCCAGUCAGCAGAUUCCUUGGAUCAUGUAGGUGAGGAGUGGGAAUUGGAUGAGAGCCACUGUGUCAUUGAUUCUCAACAUUUGAGACAAUCACCCAGCCAUAAGGCCAUUGUGUUGUGUGAUGAUAUAAGCUUUGGGAAGGAAGCCGUUCCAGUUGCCUGUGUAGUUGAUGAGGGUCUUUUAGAUUCUCUCUGCAUCUCUGGCAAUAGUUCUGGUGGCCAAAAUGCUCUAUCUGCCUUGCCUUGGAAGAGCUUUACUUAUGUUACGAAACCAUUGAUUGAUCAAUCUCUGGAUCUUGAUAAUGAGAGCUUGCAACUGGGGUGUGGCUGCUCACAUUCAACAUGCAGUUCUGAAACAUGUGAUCACGUAUAUCUCUUUGAUAAUGAUUAUGAAGAUGCAAGAGACAUAUAUGGGAAACGAAUGAGUCGAAGAUUUCCAUAUGAUGACAAAGGGCGGAUUAUCUUGGAGGAGGGCUACCUUGUUUAUGAAUGCAAUCACAUGUGCGGCUGCAAUAGAACAUGUCCAAAUAGGGUUUUGCAGAAUGGAGUGCAGGUGAAGUUAGAAGUCUUUAAAACUGAGAAUAAGGGUUGGGGAGUAAGGGCAGGUGAGCCAAUCUUGUGUGGCACAUUUGUAUGCGAGUACAUUGGUGAGAUUUUAGAUUAUCAGGAGGCAAACAAGAGAUUUAGCAGGUAUGGUAGAGAAGAUUGCAGCUAUAUGUAUAACAUUGACUCUCAUAACAAUGAUAUAAGUAGAUUGAUUGAAAGCCAGAGUCGAUUUGUAAUUGAUGCCACCAAGUAUGGAAAUGUUUCUCGUUUCAUCAAUCAUAGCUGCUCACCAAAUCUUGUGAAUCAUCAAGUUCUCGUGGAGAGCAUGGAUUGUCAUCGUGCUCAUAUUGGUCUCUAUACAAGUCAAGAUCAGAUAAGCACAGGCGAAGAACUGACUUUUGAUUAUCGGCAUGAGUUGCUAUCUGAAGAAGGAUAUGCACGCCAGUGUGGAGCUUCCAAGUGCCAGGGCCGCAUUCACUAAAUACUUAAAUCAGCCCUAUUGUAAUCUCUUCAGCAUACUAAAGCUCAGGUUCUAUUAAAUAAAUGAAUUUGCCUGACUCAUCAUGCUUCCAUUCGAUCAGAAAGAAGGCUUGAGGUGAUUUUCAGACUUACUGGGCUGCUGCUCCUUCACCAAUGCAUAUCAGUAAACUGGCAAAAUCCCUUCCUAUGGUGAUAUGGUUUUACAAACUUCAGACAAUCUUCACAAUCUAGGGUAUGGUUCAAUGUCAAGCAGAUUGUGCCCUCAGCAUUUCAUUCAUUUACAUGGCUAUCAAAUAAAUGGAUGAAAAUUUACUGAGUAGGGUUGAGCUCCUUUUAUUUAUUUUCUCCUCUAGUUUUAUGCUCUGAAGGUGGUUUCUAGGCAUGGGUAGAUUUGUUAUUUCUUACAUUGUUCAGAGUUCGUAGAUAAAUGAGCUUAGCUGGAAAACAAAGAACAAGAUGGUAGUCCUUUGUGUCGCAUAAAUUGUAGUGUUCAAAUUUUCAUUUUAUGAUGAUGCUAUCUAGUUUUUCCUCUUCACUGUAUAGAAGUUUUUGAGUAAUCCUGAAGAUUAUCUUGCUUCAUUUCCAGCCUCUAUUAUACUUCUACUCGCCAUUGGUAUAGUAAAUGCAGAAGGUAUUC